AUGGAAGCAAAGUCACAACCGUCGCGGUGGAGCAAAGAACGCUACACAAACAUGCUCAUUCCCAGCUACAUUCCCCCGGAGUUGCUUCUGUAUGAUGAGGGCCAGUUCCUCAAGGCCUUUCUCCUCCGUGUGCUCUCCAUCGAUCUCAGUCGCUUUAUUGAGACGAAACGCUGCGAGGAGUACUUUGUGAACAUCCCAGUUGAGCCGGAGUACAACAGCGAGGGGCAGCGCACCAACACACCAGAUGAGCUUGUCGCGGAAAAACGACGCAAGGUGAUGGAUGAGCUGACAAACCUCCUCCGUCAGAUUGCGGAGAUGGGCCCGCAGCCAGGGACGCAAAAGGAGAUUGUCCGCAAGCGGUACUUCACGCAGGAGGAGAUGGACAACGGCGCCUAUGGUGCCAUCUUGGGUGCUCGUGGUUUGGUGCAUCAGGAGCUCGAGCAGACCACGAAGUGCAAGAUUGUGCUUGCGGGGCGUGGCAUCACUAACCCGCUGAAAGACACCAGUGCCAACGCGGCACGCGUCGCACUCGAGGAGCCGCACGCCCGCAUUACCGCUCCCAAUGAGCAGGCCCUGCAACAUGCUAUGGAGCGCAUUGAGUGGAUUCUCUCCGACGACCCAGAGGCGCAGGAGUUCCGCGAGAACAACCGCAAGCGGAUGGCGCAGAUUGAGGGCCGCUACGACCCGCGCACGUGGGUCUCUUCUCUCGAGAAGGACGGCGGUGAGGGGCCGCGCCCCGGAGAGAAGCGUGAGCGCGAGGAGGAGCUCGACGCGGACGUGCAGGAGUUCCUGGAUGAACUCUAA